GAAAAAUGGUCUAACUUGGGAAACCAGAACUGUAACCGUUUUGAGAGUUUCGGAAAACCAUGUGUCGAUUAUUAGUGUAUAAAGGAAAGCGCCCUAUUCUGCUGUCCGAUUUGUUGACGAGACCCUGCCAUUCCAUCAUAAAUCAAUCCUUCGACUCGAAAUUACGGAUAGAUCACCGACGACCUCUCAAUGGUGAUGGCUUUGGCGUAGGCUGGUACGAAAGCGAGCCUGAAGACGAUACCCCGGAUACACCUUGCAUUUUUACCUCGGUAACGCCUGCGUGGAAUAACACCAACCUUACACGACUAUCUGAAAAGAUCAAAUCACCGCUGGUGUUUGCCCACGUACGCGCAAGCACUUCAGGGGCAGUGACCGAGGCGAAUUGCCAUCCAUGGCAUUAUGGUCAGAUCAUGUGGAUGCAUAACGGUGGCAUCGCACAGUUUGAAAAGAUCAAACGAAAGCUGCAAAAUUCAUUACCGGAAGAACUGUUUUUGUUCGUUCAGGGAAAUACCGAUUCCGAAUGGGCUUUUGCUUUAUAUUUAAGUUUUUUGGCCAAUCCGAACGCGGCUUCAUUCGAACAUCAGGAACUGAAAGACGCCAUGGUCAAAACAAUUGCACAAAUCAAUGCUUGGGCAGAAGAGGCGGGUAUCACCGAGCCGUCACUGUUGAACUUUGCCGUGACUGAUGGUCAAUCGGUGGUGUGUGUGCGAUACAUCAGCAGUAAAACCGAAGAAGCGGCGUCAUUGUACUUUUCAUCAGGAACCCGAUUUGAAAGUUACCGUCCCGGUCAUUAUCGUAUGAUCAAAGCCGACCGACGUGAAGACAUGGUCGUGGUGGCCAGUGGUAAGGCGAAUGACGGAUUCAUUGUGAUUUUUUUUUUGUAUCACAUGCUUAACUCGGUGAUUGUUUCAGAACCUCUUACGUUUGAAAAGGCGGAUUGGCUUACAAUUCCAACGAACAAUGUAUUGGUGAUCACACCAAAAUUGAACGUGUUACUGCAACCCAUCAAGGAUCAGUUUUAUACCGGCGAUCGAGGCAUUGAAGUCAAAGUAGGAGAAGAGGAAGUGGCAAGGAUACCAGAACCAAAUGCGCAAAUGUUUAAAGCGCAAGCCGAAGAACAACUUCAACAAGAACGAUCUCUAUCCGUGGCUUAAGAAUGGACGAUCGAUAUCUUUAGUGUGUACAAACCCAACUUCAAUCCUCUUACUUAUCCACCUAUUCUUUCCCUUUUUGUAUUUUUUUCAAACAUUAUCAUGUCAUCUCCUCAAUAAUACAUACCAAAGUUGAUUUUUCAAA